AUGUCUAUUCAAAGUUUUGAUCAAGUUUUUAAUCUAAAAAUCAAGAUAACCACUUUACUAGAUCAAGAAAUUACAGGUGUCAUCUACACCUAUUCUCUGUCCAAUGAGAUUCUUGUACUUAAAACGUCAAAUCUCCGAACCUCAAAGGAUAAGGAGCUCACUUCGCCGCAUAGUACGUACAGAGUUAUCAAUACAUCAUUCAUCAAGAGUAUAAUGGUGUUGCAACCUUUCCCACAGAAGAACAAGCGAAAUUCAAAACCGUACAAGGGAGAUGAUGUGCAGCUAAAGCCAAUAAAUGUUGAAGACUUGAAAAAGUAUCUCUCAGAAAAAAUCGGGAAAGAAAUUCACGAGCAACAUGAGCAAGGAAAACAGUUGAAUUCUAGUUCAAGCAAGAACGAGACUUCGCCCGCUCUCAAAACGUCACAGGUUCAGGCCCAAGGACAAAACCAAAAUCAAGGUCUGAACCAAACACAGACACAGGUACAGGCACAGGCACAGCCACAAACGCAACAGCAACAGCAUCUGCAUCAACAACUUGCAUCUGAACCCAGGCAUAUUAAUUCCACAUCUCAGCAUAGUAAACAAACAUCACCAACACCAACACCAACACCAGAUCCAAAUCCAAAUCCAAUCGCAUCGCAACUUUACGAAAAACUUAUAAAGUUAUAUGGUGAAACGAAUAUCAAAUAUGGUAACCCAAAACACUCCGAAAUCAUUGUCCACGAUGAAAUUAAAAUUCACAAGCCAUUCACAAAUACAACAAAGAAUAUACAAGUCAUUACAAGGACCAAGGAGAGUAAGUUUCUAGCAUCUUUGACUCGUGCCCUAAAACAAUUUUGGUUGGAAGUUGACAAUGAAAAGAAAGGGGGAUAA